AUGCCCGACACGUGGCUCGCCGUGCCCCCUCCCGUCCGCACGCUCUUCCAGCGCUUCCCCCUCGUCGUCCACCCCGCCGAGCCCCUUCCCGCCCGCGCGCCCGACCACCCUCGCCGCCGCCCCAAGCUCCACGUCUUCGCCACCGACCACGACGCCCUCCGCGGCCUCCCCAGCUACAACCCAACGUGUCUCAAGUGGCAGACGCUCCUCCGCAUCGCCCGCAUCCCGGUCGACCUCGUCCCGUCCAACAACCACGCCUCGCCGUCGGGCGCGCUGCCCUUCCUGCUCCCCGCGUCGUCCGACCCCCGGCCCGACAUCCCCCUCACGGGACGCCGAAUCCUCCACUACGCCGAGAGGCACUGCCCCCAGGCGGCCGCCACCCCCCGCCAGGAGGCCUACCUGUCGCUGCUGGCGCAGAGCAUCCGCCCCGCGUGGCUGUACACGCUGUACGUCGACCCGACGCACACGGACCUCCUCGCCCGGCUGUACCUGCCCGCCGCCCGGCCGACCCGGGGCCUGCUCCUCCGGUCGCUGCGGUCCGCCGCCGCGGACGAGGUGCGCAGGACCACGCGCCGGCCGCUGCUCCAGCCGGAACCGCUGUACGCCGAUGCCGAGCGGGCGUUUGCCGCCCUGUCGGCGGUGCUGGGCCGCGACGAGUGGUUCUUUGGCGCCCGCCAGCCGGGCCUGUUUGACGCCGACGUCUUUGCCUACACGUACCUGAUUCUGGACGGCAGCCUAGGGUGGCGCGGCGACGCGCUGCGGGAGUGCGUCUCCAAGUGCGGCAACCUGGUCAGGCACCGGGACAGGCUGUUCCAGAGAUGCUGGGGCUGGAAGGUCGGGCAUGAUGAUGAUGAUGCAGUUUGA